GGAAGGCCGAAAAUGACAAAAUUGAGUAUUUCCAGUCUUUUCUUGAUACUGGUUUUGUCCUACUUGAGUGAUGGAGCAAAUGGAAAAGUUAAUUUGAAAGAAGAUGAUGGGAAAUUAAAGCAGCUUAACAAGCCUGCAGUGAAGACCAUACAGAGUGAAGAUGGAGAUAUUAUCGACUGUGUUGAUAUCUACAAACAACCUUCUUUCGAUCACCCUGCGUUGAAGAAUCACGUUAUUCAGAUGAAACCCAAUUUUGAUUUCAAAGAAGAAAAACCAAGCAGGAAGAAAGAGUCAUCGAAGCUGGUGGUGUCUCAAACAUGGCAAAGAAGCGGAAGCUGUCCAGAAGGAACCAUUCCGAUUCAAAGAAUUCGAAGGGAGGACUUACUGAGAGCGAAUUCCAUUGACGAAUUUGGAAGAAAACCAAAAGAAUGGUCUCCAAAUCAAUCAAAAUAAAACAGAAAGAUGGAUAUGCAUUUCCCUCUAUUGUUGCUG